GAUACUGAGUUCAGAGUUGGAAGCACUGCGGAGUAGUGUGCAUUAGUGUUCAGUGGGUGGAUCUCGAUAUCAUAAUAUUUUUAUCGCGGCUUGAGUAGCGGCUCGUUGCGCGGUAAUUCUGUCAAACAAUUGCUACAGCUCGAGCUGUACGCAGUUUAUUGCGAUCUUUGUCCUCGCCUCGCCGCAUUCGUGUUCUAAUCUACGAUUUAUUAACACUAUCACAGUCAUUGACUUUACUGUAGACAAAGUGAUGUUUUGCAUUCUGGUGUAAGACAAGUGUUCCAUAAGAUUUACAAAAUAUGAAGGGCCCAACACGGCCAGCUCCCAGUGUUCCUGGUAUGGGUGUGAACAGAUAUUCUCCUGUUACAAAUUGGGACAAUGACCCCUUUGGUGCAGAUGUGUUUGAGCCGUCACCACAUUUCACACAGAAAAAGAAACCUCCACCUCGUCCUCCACCACCAAAGGUUGCCAAGCAACCUGAUAUUCCAGCAAAACCCUCACACUUUAUAAGAAAGCCAACAGUUCUCACUUCCCUAUUAACUCGUAAACCUAAAACAGUAGUGAAUAAUCAAAAUGUGAAUGUAACCCAGCCAAGUAUAAUAAAAGAUGUGAACAGUGAAGUGGACACUCUUAAAAUGUUUCCUAAAUGUGAGCCAAAGAAUGUGCAGACAGGUGCUUUGAUAGAUCUCUCUUCGCCUCCCAGCUCUCCUACAUUCACCACCAGGUCGAGCAGUGAUGGUCUCAGUGUGGACAGCUUUGGUUCUGAUGCCACUACAUCCACCAAUCAUCACAAUGCCCACAAUGGUGGAAAUGCCUCACAAGCUGAGAGUGGUUUCGAAGAUGAUUUUGAUCUGUUCCUACAUUCAAGGAAGCCUGUAGGAAAGGAGGACACAAUGGAUGAUUUUACAUCUAUUGAUCCAUUCUCACCCCAACCAGUAAUGAACAAACCUCCUUUGAAGAAGAAACCUAUUUUAAGUAAGGAAAAUGUUUAUGAGGUAUCAAGUAAUUUUACGAGCCACAUAUCAGCUGCUCCGAUGCUGAAAGGUCCGACGAUAAUCCGUGCCAAGCCAGCCAGGCCGAAGCCUCCGGAUAACUCGGCGUUACUGAAGAAUACGUUUGGAAAUAGUUUCCCAGUCACCACCAUGACGGUGAACACUACCACGCCCAUACAAAAGGUCUCCAACGGAUUCGGUGAUAGUUUCGAAUCAAAGCAGUUAAGCUGGGAUGAUGAUGAAGGAUCUCCGGAGAGGGAACCGUCGCCGCCGAUGCCGACGAUACCGCCGCCUCCACCCCCAGCAGUAGUCGACGACGAUCUGACCAGUACCUGGACUACUGACAUCCCCGAUUUUGUGCCCAAUCAACUUGCCAACGUCGACGACGAGGAAGAACCACACGCGAUUGCUCUUUACGAUUACUUCACUGAUCAUCCGGACGAUUUAUGCUUUUCGGCCAACUCGAAGAUAAAGUUGAUACGGCGAGUGGACCAAGAAUGGCUGUUUGGCAGUUUAAGGAGCGGCGCGCAGGGUCUGUUCCCGUCCAACUACGUGGAGAUCAAGGUUCCUCUACCUAACGAGGCUGCCCCGCCGACACCUCUCCUCGGCGUCGCUGUCGCACUUUACGACUUUGAACCUGUAGAGCCAGGCGACCUACGCUUCGCCACAGGUGACACUAUAAAAGUUAAGAACAAACUUAACGAUGAGUGGUACUUUGGCGAGUGUAACGGACUGAAAGGACAAUUCCCAAUUAACUAUGUACAGAUGAGUUAAACAAGGAGUUUGAAUCAGCUCAGUCUCGCGCUUCGUUCCCGGUGUCUUGAUAAAUUGCGAGUAACAUGUGAUACUGAUACACCAAGACUGACGUCUACCAUAUUAACACGAUGUCACUAUUUUGUAAACGGUAUUUUAGCACUUCCUUGAUGUAUGGCAGACAGUUCCAGUCUAUUUUGGAUAUUUGUUUUCCUCGGUGCAAUACAUUAUAUUUAGUAAAGGAGAACAAAAUCCGUCCCAGUAAUACUGAUGAAUUGGUCAAUAAAUUUUGAACACAUCAGAGAUUGACGCCUGAGCCAUGGAUUUGUACAAUUAUAAUGAUUUAUUUGCGUUUUCGCACUAAUGUUGCCAUAAUAACGUAAGUGCCCGCUAUUUGCUGUAUUACCAUUUUGGGCUUUUAUGAAAUUAAUAUAUUGAGUAGUAACGUUCCAACGACUGAAUGUAAAUAAUAAGAGCUUGUAUAAAAUAAUUAACGUCCCUAAAUUAGAAAAUGUAGAUAUUAUUUGUAAUGGUUGUGUAGUCUCUUUUCGAUCUGAUUAUUUGUUUUAGUUAAAUUGAUUACGAUGACAUGUAAUUAUUAUGUUUAGUCAGGACAUAGUUGCAAUGGUACCCAUGCGUUUAUGUAAUUCGUAGAUGGUUUGUGAUUUAAAAAUCAUGUUUAGGAAAUUUGUUUAUCAGAGAUUUAUCAAACACUUUCUGGUCAUUAUUGUGUCCUGUAAGUUGCGCGCGAAUCACGUUGUGCUUGAUAUUACUAACUUUAGUUAAUAUUGUAUUAUAAUGAUAUUCUAAAUUGCAAUCACUGUCGUUACACGUAGUAUAUGGAUAGCCUUUGGGUGAAAUUACUGUAUGUAUACUUAUGUUCGUCUAAAAUAUUAUUUUAGGUGUCAGUUUUGUACAUUUUUUAUUGUUCCGUUUGUGUCAUAACUUUAAGUGUAUUAUUUGGUGGGACCAUAAUGUUAAGUGCCUUGAGUAUUUACUUAUGUGUAUAUGAUGAAGUAAUUUAUAACAAAAUAAAUCUAAUAAUUCCAAUUAA